AUGAGUUUAUAUCUUUUUUUUCUUCUUGUUACGCUUCUAACCUAGCAACUUCAUCGUCGUAGCUGGGGAGGGAAUAUAUCAGUGUAGAAUGGAAUGGGCACGCUCCACCAUGUUCUGCAUACAAGUGCGAGGGCGAUUACCGUCCCCGAGUUCAUGGACGCCGUGCGCGCCACUUGUACUCCUCGGUUCCCUUAUGCCAGAGGGACGAGCCAUAGGCGAGUUGCCAUAGCUGUGAGUGGAGGCGUCGAUUCUAUGGCCCUUGCCUUUCUCUGUUCUCAAGUGCGCAAGAUAGACCCCGACUUCAAGAUCUCUGAUAAUCCUGUAUCUGGAUUUCGGGGCAUCGUCGUCGACCAUGGCCUCCGCCAGGGGUCUAGAGAAGAGGGUCUCGCUGUCCUUAAGGUUCUCAAGGAUAUGGGCUUGGUUGAUGAAUUGGUUGCUAUUAAUUGGUCCAAGAUACUUGGCGAUUCUCAGCUUCCAAAGGACUUACCCAACUUCGAGAGCGUCGCGCGCACUCAGCGGUAUAGGAAGAUUGGAGCUGUAUGCGCCUUUCGAAACAUCGGGAGUCUUCUUCUAGCGCACCACGAGGAUGAUCAGUAUGAGACCGUCCUCAUGCGCCUGCUACAGGGACACGGCAUUCGUGGCCUACGCGGUAUGAGGUCAGCCUGCGACAUUCCUGAGUGUCAUGGCCUUUUCGGUGCUGAUAAGAGUGGUUUUGUGGAUGAUCAAGCUCGCAGCUUUCCUUUCUACAACCUGACCCCUACUAGGAGACAGCGGAAGCAUAUGCGACGAGAGUUCAGGAAUGCUAUUAGUAACCUCAUGGCUGAGGAGGAAACGGAUGACUGGGCCUCGACUGACUUCGAUAUGAAGGAAUUCUAUCAGACGAAAGACAUUCCAGCAUUUACACCCAAAGACCUUGCCGUCGAAGAUGGUGGAGUUACCGUCUACCGACCCCUGCUUGAAUUUAGCAAGGACCGUCUGAUCGCAACUUGUUUAGAGAACAAGGUUCCUUGGUGGGAAGAUGCCACCAAUACGGAUCAUACACUUACGAUGAGGAAUGCUAUCAGGCACCUAUACAAAGGUUACACCCUUCCUAAGGCUCUACAAAAACCAGCGAUCCUUAAUCUCUCGAAGAGGUGUGAGCGGAAAGUCCAGGCUCAAGAGGCUGAAGCGAACAGAUUGCUGAGACGGACCACUAUUCACGAUCUUGAGCUGCUUGCCGGAACUGUGACGGUCCAGUUUCCGAGAUUGGAGCUGCGUAUAGCGAGGAGAGAUUCUCGCUCGUACUUGCGACAUCGAGCACAAUUGCUGAAGAAAAGGCAGAUUGCCGCUAUCCUUAUACGCAAGAUUCUCUUGCUAGUCAACCCAGAAUCACAGCCACCGCUUCUCUCGACCCUCGAAAAUCACGUUACGCGCCUCUUCCCGUCUCUCGCUCUCCCUGAAGAGCUACCCAUGGCUACACCUCCAAAGGCAUUCAGCAUUUCCGGCGCUUAUCUCGUACCAGUCGAGUCUAGCCCUGGCGGCCCGGCCUCCACGGGAGCAAUGAAUCAACAACUAAGCUGGUAUAUUUCGCGCGCACCGUACCCUUCAAUACAACCGCUUCCAAGCUUCCGCACGCCGUACUGGGCUACCAAUCGCAACAAAAAGGGGCGAUGGCUGAUGUCUAGCUGGAUGGAUUGGGCGUUAUGGGACGGCCGGUAUUGGUUCCAUAUCAAGCACCGAUUCCCCUAUCGCGUGCUCAUCUUGCCAUUCUUGAAAGAACACGCCAAAGCCUUUCGCGAGCAACUCCCGCCCGAAGACCAGAAGCGGCUAGCUACACUCCUCAAGCGCUACGCCCCGGGUAAGGUCAGAUACACACUCCCGGCUUUCUACCUCGAAGAGCCUCUCAGCCUCCUCGACAUGGAGAACACCACCCCGCGGCCCGGAUACCCGAUUCUCCCGUGGAAAGUGGUGAGUACGGAUAGUAACAGCAGGGAUAAUGAAGGUGGGGUCGAGAACGAGAGCGAGAGCAGCGAAAAGCAAGAACCACGUUCUAUGCAUCCCACGAUCCUAGAUACUUCGAAGAUAAAGCUGCUUGCUCUUCCCACGCUGAGGAUCCAGCUCCCAGCGCUUGACAACUGGAUGUCGUACGAGACGCGGUACAGGAAGAUAGAUCGCCAGACACUGCAGACGGCGGGGACGUUUCAUAGGGGCUCGUUUGCGGGGCCGCGAGCGAGCACUUUGCGGCUGUCGAAGAAGGGGUCGGAGGUGAAUUCGCGUAGAUAUUUGGGUAAACGGCGAGAUAGAGGUAGAAGCUGAACUGGCUUAUGUCUCGUGUCUUGAUGGUAUAUAAAUGUAUAAAAUUAUUAUAUAUAUAUGUGUGUGUGUACCAUACCUUACAUAAUAUUUAAUUGCGGUUUUCGUUG